AUGGGCAAAUCAUCCACAAAAUCCCUAAAGGCUGCACUCAAAUCUCAGCAGUCUCGGUUCAAAAGCAAGGAAAAGCAAACUCAUGCGGCUCAGGUAGCAGACCAGAAAUCAAAAGCCAAGAAAUCUGGUCACAAGCCCAAGAAACCUGUCGCGGCCGUCAAUGAGAAGGGGAAGGGAAAGGCUACUCCUCAGAAAAUGACAGUGCCGUUCGCUGUGACUGAUAGCAUACUCCUGAUUGGAGAAGGGAACUUCUCGUUUGCUCAUGCUCUUGUUUACGAUCCACCGCACCAACUGGAGCAUUUUCCCCCGGUGAACUUGACCGCGACGGCGUACGACACUGAAGAAGAAUGCUACAAAAAAUACCCCGAGUCCCAGGACAUUGUUGCAAGACUCAGAGAGAAAGGCGUGCGAGUGAUCUUUGCUGUCGAUGCCACGAAACUGGAGCGGCAUGCUGCAUUAAAGGACAAGCAAUGGGAUAAGAUCGUGUGGAAUUUUCCCCAUGCUGGCAAGGGUAUAGCCGAUCAAGAUCGCAAUAUCUUGUCCAAUCAAGUGCUCAUAUUGGACUUUCUACGAUCGGCCGCCCAUCUACUUGCUCGAGGUCCUAUACCGUUCGCUAAAUCCACGCGUAAAAAGAAGACAGAGGGUGACGAUGACGACGACACCCUCGACAACGAUGCUACCACACAGGAUGACGAUGAACGUACGUCUGCACGAUCGCGCGGCACCGUCCUCAUCACCCUACGAAAUGUGAAGCCGUAUACUUUGUGGGACGUCCCAUUGCUAGCCAAGAAACCUCCACCACCUACGGGUAGCACACCUCCCAAUCCACAUUAUAUGGUCGUCAGAUCAUUCGCGUUUCUCAGAGAGGCAUGGAAGGGAUAUGAACAUCGCAUGACGAAGGGUGAACGGGCGCACGGCAAUGGGACCACUGGCGAAGGUGGCGAAGACCGCACUUGGGAGUUCUGUAUCGGUCGCGUCAACGCUACAUAG